AUGGCCUCGGAGGCAGUUGACAUCACGCCAAAGAGCGAUGGAGGUGUUCUGAAAAAGAUUUUGAAGGAAGGAGUUGGCAUCGCCAAGCCAUCCAAUGGAACGACUGUCAAGGUCUCGGGACCAAAGUGCGAAUUUUUAAGGAAAUUACCUUUUUUAGGUCCACUACACUGGAACCCUGGAAAAUGGUGAUAAAUUCGAUUCUAGUCUUGAUCGCAGCACUCCGUUCGACUUUUUGCUCGGAAGAUCGCAGGUGAAAAGGAAAAUUAGAUUAUAAAACGUCUAAAAUGAUAAUUUCAAGGUGAUCAAAGGUUGGGAUGUUGGUGUUGCGACGAUGACCAAGGGAGAAAAGGCCGUUUUCACGAUUCGGUCGGAUUAUGGUUAUGGCGACGCUGGCAGUCCGCCAAAGAUCCCUGGAGGGGCCACUUUGAUUUUCGAGGUGGCUAUUGAGCUGAUGAUCUUCUUUUUCUUGUCUGUUUUGUGUGAAGGCUGUAAAAUUCAGCAAAAUACUAUUUUAAAAAAUGCGCUUUUCGAUUAUUUUGAGGGGUUUUAAGUAGCAUUUCCGUAGUUAUUUUGCAAUUUUCUUGAUUUUCAUUCUAAAUUUAUUUUUUGAGAUUUCAGUUUUCCGUUAAAUUGUUAAAAAUAUCUUUAAAAAGUUACAAUAAGAACUUUUUUUUAGGUUGAACUUCUCGAUUGGGAAGCGGAAGAUUUGUCUCCCGACCGUGACAGUUCCAUUCUGCGGACAAUUAUUGUUGAAGGAUCCAAAUCGCUGAUUCCUAAUGAUACCAGCACAGUCACUGGUUAUAAAAUAAAUGAAAUAAUCUUCAAAAAAUGUUAAUUUUCAGCUCAUGUCGUUGGAUCCCAUGAAGGAAGGGAAUUUUACAAUAAAGAAGUCGUUUUUGCGAUUGGCGAGGCUUCGGAGGUGAAUAAGAAGCGGGAUUUUAAGAAUUAGAAAGAAAAAAAAAACAUGAAAAUGUAAAUUGAGUUUGUUUUUUUCUCCAGCCGUAGUUCAUUUUUCAUUACAUCUUUGAAGUUUUUCUCAAAAAAAUUUUUCACUUUUUCCGUUAUUUUCGAGCAUUUCCCUCAAUUUUACCCAAAAGAAGUCUCUUUCCUGAUUUUUCAAAAACGAUUUCUCAAAAAAAUCUAGGCGAUCAAAAGUUUUUCAUGAAAUAUUUAAUGUUUUUUUGAGAAUGUUUCCGUCUGGGAGUGUGGGUGUUGGAAUUUUUUUAAUUUUCAAAAAAAGAAAAAGUUGAUAAUUUUUUUGAGGAAAAGUUUUGAACAUUUAAAUUUAUAGAUCAUUCAUGUUUUUUUGAUUUUUUUGUAGUAGUAAACAUUCCUCAAAUUCAGGAAGGGAAGAACUGAAAAAAAUAUGGAAAUUUUUGGAUGAAGGAUUUGAAGUUUUGAGAGUUUCAAGAGAAGUAUCAGAAUAAGGAAUAGCUUUUUCUGGAAACAAAAAAGAAUUUAGAAAGUAAAAUAUUUUCUGUCAUCUUUAUUUCAACACGGCGUUUCCCAAACGGGGUGGGGAGACGUCAAAAAAAUUUGGGCGCGAAAAUUUAAACCUCAAGUACGCAGCCAAAGGCGAUCGAAUAAACAAGUUAUUAACGUUGAAUACUCAGUGCAAUUUGUGACGUAGAAUGACGUCAUUUUCUCCGGAUCGCGCACUUUCUUUUUUUUGCAAAUUCAGAAACAAAAAAAGAGCCUCUUUGCCAUUUUUUCAAGUAGUAGAUGGUUCUAAAAAUUAUUGAUUUUUGGUGAUAACUUUCCAACUUUCAGGCCGGUCUCCCUGAAGGAAUCGACCGUGCCCUUCGCCGUUUCUGCAAGGGCGAAAAAUCAAAAAUCGAACUGAAAGGCACGAGAUUCACCUACGGAACGACGGCACCCGAAGAAUACGGCCUUCCGCCCAACGCCCCUCUGGAAUUCACCAUCUUCCUGAAAGAUUUCGAGAAAGUCCCCUCGACCUGGGAGAUGUCCACGGAGGAGAAGAUGACGUCGGCCAAGGCGGCCAAGGAGCGCGGAACCGAGUUCCUCCAACAGGGAAAACUGCGCCUCGCUUGGAACAAGUACAAGCGCGUCGAGGACAUCCUGGAGUACGAGAAGAAUCUUGAUGAGGAGGAGAAAAAGGUGUGGGGAGUUGAAAAUGUUCGAAGUGAUUCCGCAAAGGAGAGUGGAAAAUAUCACUAAAUUUUGGAGGGUCAGACGUAAUUUUCAGCUAAAAUAUUGCGCUAGUUUCUUUGAACACGGUAUGGAACUCUUGCCAAAAUUUUUGGGACUGCCAAUUUUUAUAAUUUUUGAGCAAGUUACAUUGAACAGGUCGUAACGAUAGAUUCUACUGUUUUGUUUCGAUAUUUUAUUCAUUCGUGGCUUUUCUCACCUUAUUUAAGCGUUUUCAGAUCAUUUAAAACCUUUUCCUCGUUUUUUUCUUUCAUUUAAAAUCAAAAAAGAUUAACAUAGAACUUUCCCUAUUUUUCUUGGCUUGUUAUAACGAUUUUCUUUGCCGGUUUUACGAUUUUUUUAAAAUAUUUUAUGAUUUUCUCAAUUAGGAGUCAACGUAGAUUUACUCUUUAAUAACCUGGAAAAAAUUUAUAAAUUCAAAAAAUAUUGGAAUUUUUAUACUUAUUUUACGUAGAAAGUGUUAAACAAAGAAAAAACAAAAACAAGCAUUGAAAUAUUGAAUUUUUACCGUUUCAUGCCGAAUUUUCACCUUUUUCUGGAUAUUCCUAGAAAAUAUUAGCUUCUUGAGAGUUUUCAUAAAAUUUUCUCAUCAUUUAAGAAUUUUAACUGCUCAAAAAAAAUAAUGCAAAUGGUUCUUUUCAUGUAAAUUUUGAGAAAGUUCAAACCUUAAACGACCAUUCACACAGAUUUGAAAUUAUUUUACGAUUUUUCAGCUGAAUUAUAUUUUUCACAUGUUUGGAAGUUCUAAUCAGUUUACAAGAUGUUUGAAAAAUUAGUUUUAUUUUAAAAAGCGUUUUUAGUCGUUUGAUAUGGUUUAACUGAUGUUUCUGCACGUUUUUUUGGAAUUUUGGCUUUAUUCUUCAGUUUUUAUUUGAGAAUUUUUGAAAUAACGUUUUUCAGAACCGUGACGCCCUGCUGCUGAGCGCCUAUUUGAACUUGAGCUUGACCGCCUCGAAAUUGAACGAACAGCUCGACUGCAUCAAGUACUGCGACAAGGUCCGUCUGUCCGCAUUUUAAAGAAAAAAAAAAGUAAUUUUCAAGGCUCUGGAAGUUGAUGCGAAGAGUGUGAAGGCCCUCUACCGCAAGGCGACCGCCAUCCUCACAAUGACCGAAUUCGCCGACGCCCAGAAGAUUUAUGAGAAGAUUGUCGAAAUCGAGCCCGAUAAUAAGGUUUCCGGGAGAAAAAUCCAGAAAAAAUGAUGAUUUUUAGGCGGCCGCUCAACAGAUUCUGGUCUGCAAAAACAAGAUCCGCGAGGAGAACGAAAAGGACAGAAAACGGUUCAAGAGCAUGUUCGCCAAGAUUUCCGAGGCUCCGCCCGAGCCCCAAGCUUCCCAUCAUGUUGGUAUUUAUAAUAAUAAUGUUCAUUUACAGGCAGACAGUAUAACAUACACAGAAACGGUUAAAAAAUGAAAAUAAAUUGAAAAUAAAGCUUGAAUUAAAUACACUAAGAAUAACUGACGAGAUAAACGCGAGCUCGGUGGCGGUACAUUGACUGACUCGCAAAAAUGCCGCUUUUUUCUAGGCGCGAUCCCGCAUUUCUCUCGGCGCGACCUCGCAUUUUUCUCGGCGCCAUCUCGCAUUUAUCUUGCAUUUCGGAAAUUUUCAAAUUGCGAGAGAAAUGCGAGCUCGCGCCCAGAAAAAUGCGAGACCGGCGCGAGAAAAAAAAGCGAGAUGUUUGCGAGCUCGUCAAUGUACUGCCAGUGUCUCGCGUUUAUCUCGGCAGUUAUUCUUAGUGUAAAUGGCGAUUGUGGCCCUCACAAGUGUAGAAAGAUGCUGAGGUUAGGAUUGAUCAAAAGUUAAAAAAUAAACAAAAAUUGAGUGAUUUUAAAUUUUUAAAUGAUGAAAUAUCGGUUUCGAACAAGUCUGGUUUUGGAAUAUUUUCGGGAUUUUUAUUCAUAAACUCUUCAAAUUUUUUUUUGAACUUCGAGCCAUUUUUUAGAAGCUCAUUUGGGUCUAUGAAAAUCUGGGCAGAAAUCUAGAUCCCUUAAGUGAUCUCUCAAGGGCUGCUCGAAGAGGACACUUGAGUGACCACUGAAGCCACUAUUCCGCGUCUUAGUGACCAGUUAAGUGACUAGAAUUGAGUGGCCUCUUCAGGAGUCUAAGUGGUACUACCUGACAUCCUAAACUACUAUAGCGGCCACUAAGACGUUAAACAGAAGCGGAGGUGGUUUCAGUAGCCCCUUUAGAGACCUCUCCAAGUAGCCCUUGAGGUACCUGUUAAGUGGCCACUAGGACUUUUUCCCAAAUACGCAAAGGUUAAUUUCAGUAACAUGUGGUUUUCAUAAAUAAAAUAAGAACUUUUUUUCACUCUCAAUAAACACAAUUUUUAAGUGGACACUAGAGUAAUAAAUUUUUCGGACAUUUUCAUUUUUUAAAAAUCAAAUUGUCUCUUUUCAUCAAGCUUUUAAUCGUUGAACUUGAUUCGAUUGUUAGGUUUUUUUAAAAAAUCUAGAAUGCUACGAUCAAUAAUAGAAAUGACGUGAUAUUAAAAAUCCGAGUCCAAUACAAACUCUCCAAAUUUUUUUUUGCUUUCCAGGCCACCAAAAUUGAAGAAGACGGCCAAGUUCCAACGACCAGUGGAAACACGACAACUGUUGCUUAA